AUGUAUAAUGAAGAAAAUUCGCCAAACAUAAAUAAUAAUCUAUCUAUGGAAUGGACAGUAAACUUUACUCAAGAUCAAACUAAUCUAAAUUUGCUAAACAUCUAUAACAGUUCAUCUAUAGAAUCGUCUGCUGACUUUACUCAAAAUUAUGAAGAUCAAAUUAAUAAUAGUCUAUCUACAGAAUGGCCUAUGGACCUGGCUCAAGAUCAAACUAAUAUAAGUUUGUUAAAUGGUUAUAAUAAUCCAUUAAUAGAAUGGCCCACUGACUUUAAUCAAGAUCAAACUAAUAAUAAUCUACCUAUAGAAUGGUCUACAGACUUUACCAAUAACAAUUCAUUUAUGGAAUGGAAUGCAGAUUUUACCAAAAUUAAUACCAAUUCGCUAAACAUUUAUAAUAAUUCGACUAUAAAAUUUCCCACAGGCAUUACUCGAAAUAAUGAGAAUCAGAAUCAAUUUAUAGAACAGACCACAUGCUCUACACAAGAUCAAACUAAUACAAAUUCACUAAAUAGUUAUAAUACAAAAAUUAUUCAACAUUUUGAAAAACAAAUUAAUACUUUACAACAAGAUAAUCAAGAUAAUGCAGAAUCAGUUAAAGAGACGGAAACAAAUUUCGCUUGUAACACUAAAAAUCAUGAAAAAUCACGCGAUGUUAAAAAAUUAUUUUUCUAUAAAACUUCAUGA